CGCUGUACAGCCACGAACGAACGCACUCAGUUCUGCGAAGUACACCAAGUGACUCACAACCCAAGCCGAUCGCGAUCCGUUGCCACAAUGGAAUCAUUUUUAAUGGAACCGUUUUUAAACAGCUCUUUGCAAAUACAAAUUCAACCAAAACAAAAUUUUCAUUUUCGUUUCGAAAGUGAAUUGAAAAAUACGCACGGCUUUAUAACGGGACGAGGCGAGGCAGUGACGAACGGUCGGAAUUGCUCAGUCCGCGAUAUAUAUCCCAAAAUCCAAAUGAGAUUACCGGACAGUGCCAAUCUCAACGACAAUGGAAAGGUGAGACAGUUCUUUGUCUUAUGCUCACUACACUCGUACAACGAGGAGAAGAUCGCCGAGAAGAAGCCGCUUCACCUGUCGCCACACCUCCUGUUGCCCAAGAGUAAACGUAAAAUUGACUAUGCGUUCGUUUUUGAAAAGAUGAAGGAUUGCCAGGACGAUGUGACAGGUAGGUAUUGGGAGCUCGUCGAUCAUGUUAUUGUGCGAUCUAGAAAGAAAAACAACAAAUAUGGGGAGACGCUGCGGGCGAAGCAGCUUAAAUACGAAUCGUUGGGAUUGCCGCUGCCAUUCGAUAAGCUGCAGUCCGAUUUGGAUUUGAAUGAAAUCACUCAAAGUGCCGGCUUAAUUGUCUGUCUGGGAUUUACUAUAUUCGAACGCAUCGAUGACGAAACCUACUGCCUCUACAAAGAAACCAUCUACUCCGACCCAAUAUACCACGGUGAUGACCUGAAAAUACACGAUAUAUGUAACUUCGGCGGCAGUACAAGUGGUGGCCAGGUUGUUUUCAUGCGAAUCAAGUUGCAAUCGGGAUACUGUUAUACGGUUCGUGUGUUUCUCGAUGUGGCUGGCAAGACGGUCUGGGAGAGUUAUGUCAAACCAAUGGAUACAUUCCUGAAUAGCAGUAUCAAAUUCGAGUUACCGCCCUACACAGGACCCGAUUUUCCUGAAGAUUCGAUCGAAGUGUCGAUGGAAGUCGUUGUAGAUCGCAGUACUUUCAAGAGUAGGCCGGUCAAAUUUGCAUAUUCGAAAAGCGACAAUUCUGAUUCCAAUGGAACGGCAAAGCUGGCAGCCGCCCGAAAAAGACCACGACGCUGUUCAACGAUAGUGCCGACACCAAGUAAAUCUUCGGAUAGCCUUUCCCAUUUGGAGCAACCAAAUGCAAACGCAUCAAAUAAUGGGGCAGCAACGAACGAAAACCCAAUUAGGCAAGUAGGCGAUUUGGAACAAUCGAUCCAAUGGGAGGAAAGCCCAAUGGAGGCUGGUUUGUCAUUAGAGGACCUCCCGAGUUUUUUAAUUUCUUAUAUUCCUCAUGCAAUCGCACCAAAUAAUGAAGCAACAACGACCGAAAUCCUAAGUAGGCAGAGCAAAAUGGAAGUUGACGGACCGGCAACCGAUCAAAAUGUUUCAACCACUACCUUCUCGCAAUCUUCUGAGAAUUCAACGGUUAGCAUUACCAAUUUGGAAUUGGAACAAUGGUGGCAAAACCUAAUGGGGCCUGACUUGUCAUUAGAGGACCCCCCGAGUGAACAAGGGAAAAAUGAAUAUAUCUCGCAAGAUAGAACAGUAACGCCCAAACCAAUAAAGGAAGAUAACAAUGCCCAACACCAGAAGCAAGAGAGGAAAAGAAGAGAAAUAAAUGACAUAAAGAAACGGAUUGAAAAAUGUUUGAAAGAUCCAGCCCAAGAUAUUACCAUCCCGCCUAGUAUUCUAUCGAAUAAAUUUGGCAACACCAUUUUCCAUGACGCCGUAUUGAAUGCGUCUACAUUGCUCGCCCUGCGCAAUGGUGUCAAGAAAUCUACGCACAAGGAUCUGGUCCUGAAAACUCGCAACAAAUUGCGGCACAAUCUGCUGCACUAUGCCUGUCUCCACGACAAGUCGGAAGCUAUAAGACCACUGGUAGGCAUGGGCAUUGCUCUGCACGAACAGGAUCAAAGUGGCAACACUCCAUUGCACUUGGCCAUCGUUAAUCGUCGCAGCGAUUGCAUUCUACAAAUACAACAACUACUGCAGGAACACGCCGCCUACGACAAUAAGGUCGACUCAUCAAUGGUCAAGAUGACCAAAGUCUACAAUCGGCAGGGCUAUACGGUACUGCAUUUGGCCCUAUUGGAAAAUCUGCCGGAGUUGUUGGGAAUUCUUUUGGAAUUUUGCAAGCAGAAACAAAUCGAUGUCACCGAAUACGAGGUAUUGGGCAGCGGCGAUUCUCUUGGACAUUUGGCGGUGAAAACAAAAGCCUCUACAGAAAUGCUAAAAGUGCUUGAGGAGUAUGUACCAAACUAUUUGCUCAUCGAGAACUAUGCAGGCGAUACCGCCGCCGCAGUCGAUGAAAUCGAGGAGAUAUCUGAUGAAAUGGAGAUGAAAUUGAAUUUCGAAUAAGAAAAUGUAGAAUUAAAAGAAAAUAAUAAUAAUAAAGAACAAAGCAAAACGA